AUGACCUCUCAACGAGCUAUUGGAUCAUGCAAUUCGACAACGAGCUGCGAUGUGGACCUUGAAGGCGAAACAAUACUUACCCAAAUGACAGGUUCUGAGCAGCGUCACGAAAAAAACACAGGUAUCUCUCGUCCGAAAAAGACAGGCUGGAUGGAAAGAUCAAGGCUGCGUAGUCAUUUCAGCAUUUCCCAGGUAGAUGGCUCCAAAAUAGCUAGUUGCGUACAUUGGGGGAGGGGGUUUCAAGAAAGUAAAUCCACCGGAAAUCUCUCUAACACAUAUCAAAAACAUACAUCCUGUUGAGUUCAGAUCCCACAAGAAUGUUGAGUCUGACAGGUAUUCUCUAAUACUGCUGGAACCGAAAUAUCAAUCCCUUCUUUGCCGGAUUCUGUCAUUCGUGAAUCUAAACAUAGUCCUGGAGCGUUUAUGCAGAUACUACUGCUGACAGAAAAUAUGUUGCCACUAUCGCUGUUUGAUGCAGCAUCCUGGCGUUGGGCCGUCAUGGCAUGUCCGGAUAGCUCUUUUUCCCAGCCUCCGACGAACCUCGGCAGCAGACUGGAAAAAUACUCGAAUUGGUUGGAUAAAGCGCUGACUGCGGCUAUCGAGAGAACGAAUUUUAUCAACCUCGAGGUGGUCGUCUGGUUUGGUGGCAGCAGCGAUCCACAUUUAGGCAUAACAGCAUCUUUUGCUCCUAACUUGGUGGACAAAAAGAGACUAAAUGAUCUCGGAGUGCAAGCACUUUUGAACAACUGUCAAGAACCAUUCAAUAGCCAUCUUUUGGAUUUUGUUCCGAUUCCAGGGCUCAAUUUUUCUGGGACUAGCUUACUCAAGUAUGUUGAACAGGUUCUUCAAAAACUCAACGUAAAAGACAAAGUGAGCUCUAUCGUUUUCGGAAAUGUCACGAACAGUCAAUCCCUUUAUUCACCAGUUUUUUGCGAUUUUUCGCAGCUUUUGAAGUCCGGGGCUUUACGAAAGACGAAUUACUGUCAUGAUAUUCCGUGUGCCAGUCGUGUACUGGAUAAUUUACUGCACAGCAUUAUAAAGAACUUAAGGGAAGACGAGAGAUUUGAAAAGGGCGUUCUGAAUAUAGCAAACCUGGCUAGAACUAUCAAAAAAUUGGCACUGCUAAAAACUUUGCUAGCGGAAGCUAAGCUGCCUGUGAUUCCAUCAGCUCCCGAAAGCAGGUCGAUAUACCUCUGCAAACAGGUUGCGGCAUAUUUGGACCAUCAUGAUGAAUAUUUGACAUGGAUAAGCACUUUGCAACAAUCUCCAGAGUACAGCCAUGUUCUCUCAGAACUAAAAUUUAGCAUUGAGCUUUCUACGCAAACAAGGCACUUACUGGAGUAUUUUGUGGACUGUUGCUUCAUAUUCAAUUACAUGGCUGAAAACCUCAAAGAUUGUGAUUUUAACCGACUCUCUAAUGCAGUUUCUUUCUAUUAUACAUUGAGAGAGUAUUUUGACUUGUGCUUUAACGACCAAGAGGAUAUCAUUGCGUCACCUCGAGAAGGAUACUUUGACUUCACAUUUAUCAAUGGCAAGCCUGAGCUGCCCGCAGAGACUAAAAGUAUUGUUCUCAGGGCUGCCUUCCUAACAGAUUCUAAGUUCCAGGAGUCUUCGAUCUGUUCAACAAAACUGAGAUUUACGUCGUUGCAGCGUUCUUGGACCCAUCAUCAAACUUUGACUCUUUUGAUGAGAUAGUUGUUGGGAAGGAUGCCCAAGUUCUAUUCGAGAAGGUAAAAACGUAUGUCAACGUUUACCUUGCGCUAUUUCAAACCGAAAACGAACAAUCCGUCCCAUUUGUUUCUCUCAAAUCCGGGCAGCUGAAAAGCCAGAAGAAAUUCAAACUUUCUAAGCUUGACCGACGCCGGAAGCAAUCUAGAUUGACAGGGAAUGAAGCAAUGCAGGAACUGGAGCAGUAUAAGGCCGAUGACAAGUGCAUAUUAGACUCUGUCGCAGAUACGUUAGAAUGGUGGCAUUCCAGGCGCUUGGUCUACCCCCACUUAUUUCCGUUGGCCGUUUCCAUGAUGUAUACCAAGUUCAGCACUUGUGGAAUGGACAAAUCUUUCUCCAUCGUUGAAAAGCUAUUGAAAAACCAUGACCCUGAAGCUUUUCUAAACGCAGAAGCCCGAAGAAAAAAGCUACUAAGGGACUGCUUCAGUAGUUGGGGUCUUUUUGAUAAUAAAAGUGCGGAAACCGCAUCGAAUGAUUCUGAGGACUUUUCAGCCACAGAUUCUGAUUCCAGCGAAUUGUCAUCGGACGAGAUGUAG